AUGUGGGUUUCUUCUCAGGCUACCCCUUUUAGGUCACCUUACUAUUGUCCAUCUUGUUUAUCUUUUUCUUCUCACUCUUCUUCUCGACCCUUUCGUUUUCCUCUUUCUUCUCUGUCGUUUUUUGCUUCCUAUGGAUCGCCUCAACACAGCAGAAGAAAAAUUGAAUCAAUCCAGACUGCCAACAAUGUCCUCUUAAAUAGCAAUUUGUCGAGUAACUUGCUUCAAUUUAGAGAAGGUUCAUACCGCCUAAAGCGAAUAUCUUUUGGGUUUAAUAAAUUCAAUGACAUGUUGUAUAAUCGUAAUUCUCCCAUACAUACAUCAGUUAUGAAAUUUUCAACUGCGUCGGAUAGCAUGUUGGAGAUAACAAAUCACACAAGACGGAAAGAAGAGCUGAAUUCUUUGAGUUCCUACGAAGUACAAGCUAGGAUGAUGAUGCGUUCGGGUCCUCGGGAAUACAGAUUAUCCAAACCAUGCCGUGGUGAUAAAAUUGGCUGGGUCGAGGCUAGUUAUAAAUUGACUCAGGAAAAAAUGGAAAUGCAUGAUCCAGCCAAGAGUAGUCCGAAUCCGUUUAAUACAAAUACAAUUGCUUGUUCUUCUAUCAGACAGGAAUCGGCUAUAUCUAAAAACGAAGGUUGCAAUCUUAUGCUGCAGGAUCUAUGUGAACCUGCCUCAUCUUCUCUUCAACAAUCUAUAAUAGAAAACUCAAAGGUGUUGAUAGACACGGAAAGAGCUGAGACCGAGAUAUCUUCAUCUAUAAUAGAAAACUCAAAGGUGUUGAUAGACACUGAAAGAGUUGAGACCGAGUCAGAUAUAUCUUCGUUCAAGAUCAGUGAAGAGAAAAUUGACGAGGUUAAUGGCAAUCACAGUUUGACUACAAAUGCAAAAGAAGCGACUAAUACAAAGUUGACGGUUACAAUGACACGCAGUGAUGAACAAUCCAAACUUCGUGAAAGGCUCUGUAGUAUCUAUGAUGAGAUAUUAGUUGUUAACACUCUUUCUCUUGCCAAGAAAGUAGCUAAGAUGCUUACAGUAAACUACAGGCAUCUUAUUCAUGCAUGUGAUACCGAGGUAUCGAAAAUAGAUGUGAAAAAAGAAACACCUGUAGAUCAUGGGGAGAUAAUAUGCUUCAGUAUUUAUUCGGGUCCGGAAGCAGAUUUUGGAGGUGGGAAGUCCUGUAUCUGGGUAGAUGUUCUUGAUGGUGGAGGCAAAAAGAUUUUAAAUAUGUUUGCAGAUUUUUUUCAAGAUCCAUUCAUUAAAAAGGUUUGGCAUAACUAUAGCUUCGACUGUCAUGUUAUAGAAAACUAUGGAUUUAAGGUUUCUGGAUUUCAUGCUGAUACGAUGCACAUGGCGCGAUUAUGGGAUUCAUCAAGACGUUGGGUUGGUGGUUAUUCUCUUGAAGCACUUAGUGGUGACGAAGAGGUCAUGUCUAGGGCUAAUCUAAACUAUGAAAAGGAUUUGAUCGGUAAGGUGUCAAUGACGACUAUAUUUGGUCUGAGAAAGGCCAAGAAAGAUGGAUCUUUGGGUAAAACGGUUACCAUCGAUCCUGUUGAAGUACUGCAAAGAGAAGAGCGAAUACCUUGGAUAUGUUACUCCGCCUUAGAUGCUAGAAGCACUCUGAAGCUUUAUGAGAGCCUAAAGAAUCAUCUUUCUGAUUUGCCGUGGAAACUUGAUGGAGAACUCUUACGAGAAAACAUGUUUGAUUUUUACGAGAAAUUUUUGCAGCCGUUUGGCGAGCUUCUUGUUAAAAUGGAAUCGGUGGGUAUGCUAGUGGAUCGGUUAUAUCUUCAAGAGAUAGAGAAGGUGGCCAAAGCAGAGCAACAGGCAGCUGUUAGUAGAUUCCGAAAAUGGGGAUCUAAGUAUUGUCCUGAUGUCAAGUAUAUGAAUGUCGGUAGCGAUACACAGUUGCGCGUACUGCUUUUUGGUGGCACUGUAAACAGAAAAAACCACAAUGAGGCAAUUCCGACCGAGCGGAUAUUCAAAGUUCCCAAUGUUGAUAAAGUGAUUGACAAAGGAAAAAAGACUCCCUCAAAAUUGCGCGAUAUUAAGUUGAAUAGCAUCGGAUAUAGCCUAAACGUUGACAUGUACACAGCUAGUGGCUGGCCCUCAUGUAGCGGUGCCGCUUUAAAGGCGCUGGCCGGAAAAGUUUCUGCUGAAUAUGACUUCGGUCUCGAGGAUGAAGAUGGGAACCCUUCUCAAAUUGAAGAUGAACCCUUAGAAACAGACAAUUCUGCUUACGGAACCGCCUUUUCUGCUUUUCCAACUGAGGAAGAAGGGAGAGAAGCUUGUCAUGCAAUUGCUGCUUUAUGUGAAGUCUGUUCAAUUGAUUCUUUGAUCUCUAACUUCAUCCUUCCCUUACAGGGAGAUAAUAUAUCUGGAACGGAUCAACGUGUUCAUUGCUCCAUAAAUAUCAACACAGAGACGGGACGCUUGUCAGCAAGAAGACCAAGUCUGCAGAAUCAACCAGCUUUGGAAAAGGACCGAUAUAAAAUCCGUCAAGCGUUCAUAGCUGCUCCUGGAAAUUCUCUUAUAGUUGCUGAUUACGGACAGUUGGAACUUAGGAUACUUGCGCAUCUUACUAAUUGUAAGAGCAUGUUGGAAGCCUUUGAGGCCGGUGGAGAUUUCCAUUCCAGAACUGCAAUGAAUAUGUAUCCAUAUAUUCGUGAAGCAGUUGAUAACAACGAAGUGCUUCUUGAAUGGUAUCCUCAGCCUGGUGAAGACAAACCCCCCGUUCCUCUCCUCAAGGAUGCGUUUGCUUCUGAAAGAAGAAAAGCCAAAAUGCUUAAUUUCUCAAUUGCAUAUGGAAAGACUCCACAGGGUCUUUCUAAGGAUUGGAAGGUUUCUGUGAAAGAAGCUAAGAACACAGUUGACCUCUGGUACAAUGAUAGAAAAGAAGUUUUGAAAUGGCAAAAGCAACGUAAAAAAGAAGCUUUGGAAUUUGGAUGUGUCUACACAUUGCUAGGGCGAGCACGACGGUUCCCCGAGAUAUUCCAAGGUCAACACUACUAUAAAGGUCACAUUGAACGAGCUGCUAUUAAUACCCCCGUGCAGGGAAGUGCGGCUGAUGUUGCGAUGCUUGCCAUGUUAGAAAUAUCGAAUAAUAAACAGUUGAAGGAUCUUGGAUGGAAGUUACUUCUUCAGGUUCACGAUGAAGUCAUAUUGGAAGGACCAACCGAGUCAGCCGAAGUUGCAAAAGCUAUAGUUAUUGAUUGCAUGUCAAACCCCUUUAAUGGCAAGAAUAUUCUCAAAGUCGGGCUCUCCGUCGAUGCCAAGUGUGCACAAAACUGGUAUGCUGCAAAAUAA